UCCACUGCUACCAAAACGACAGCGUGUGCCCAUCGGGCCAUCACUCACCUCAACUCCUAGCAAUGCGUCCCUCCCAUUCGUCCUAGCUUCUCCCAUUUCUGGACAUACACUUCGCCGCCGCCAUCCCCAGUUUUAGCAAAACCAAGCACGAUUGGUCGCGGGUAGGGACUGACCACAAUUUUAAUCUCUUUGCUCGUACGUACUACAGCUAGAGUGAGGUGUGCUUCCUGCCUUCCCGGAGCAGUUAGCUCGGCAGCUUUGCGUUGACAUGGAGCAGCAGGAGCCGGGGCUGGACCUGGCCCUGGCCCUCGCGCCGGCGGCCGCCGGACGCCGUGAGGAGCUGGACGAGGUGGCGCCGCAGCCAACGGCGUACGUCGCCGGGAAGCAGGUGCGUCUGUUCCCUUGCCUCUUCUGCAACAAGAAGUUCCUCAAGUCGCAGGCGCUCGGGGGCCACCAGAACGCGCACAGGAAGGACCGCGCCGCCGCCGACUGGAACCCCUACGUCUACGGCCACCACGACGCCGCCGCCGGGGCUUCUGUCCCGAUCGCCUCGCACGGUGUCGCCGCCGCGGAGCUCCCCGCCGGCGUCAAGCUUGAGGCGCCGGACCGCAGCUCGCCGCUCUACGCGGGCCACGUGCUGCUCCCGGCGGUGGAGGGGGCAGCCGGCCCUUCCACCGCUGGCGCGGGGCGCGGUGGCACGGUAGGGAUGCUCAACUGGAGGAGGACCUCCCACGUCUCCGCCCCACCGGAGAGCACCGCGCCGCCGCCGUCCAGCUCCGGCGGCGAGGAGCUCGACCUCGAGCUGCGAAUCUAGAUCUUGGCGACGCAUGCACCUUGAGCAGGCUCAUCAUAAAGUUAAAAUCAAUCUUCUUGCUUGCUUGGCUACCCGUAUUAUCCAGCUCUGUACUACCUUGCUUCAAUUCACUACCUCUCAAGCCGUUUCACCCCAAAUAAGCUUGAUUUGGAUAAUCAUUCUAAUUUGCUUAUGAGGGGAUAAUUUGUCAGUAACUACUACUAGUACAAAACAUGAAUUCGAAGGGAACUUGGAUCCAAAGGUAUGUAAUAUAUUCCUGCUGUGCAUUAUUCGUUUAAGUGCU